CCCAGGCAAACUUGCUCCCUCCCCACCAUCCCUCAGCCUUCCCCUGACAGCGGUGAGGACGCGCCAGCCAGAGGAGGAGGAGAAAAUAAAGACAUCUUCGGGUCUGAGCCAGCGAGAGUUAACGUCUGCAGCGCUUUGCCCCUGACAGGCCUAAUGAGACACAGGUGGUCCCCUGGCUCCCGCCAGUGCUGGUUGAGUGCCCAGGAUGAAGAGGGGGUUCUGCAGUUCCAGGGGGUGGGGCCGGGGCUGCUGGCUGGGGCCCAGCACAUAACUCCGGCGGCUGCAGUCUGGGGCGGCAGACACCCAGUCGCUCGGAGCCGAACUGGCAGCAUGAAGGCCCUCCUGGCCCUGCCGCUGCUCCUGCUGCUGCUCUCCAUUCCCCUCGGCGCCCCCCAGGUCUCCGGGAUCCGGGGUGACGCUCUGGAGAAGCCUUGCCUUCAGCAGUCCCUGGACUGCGAUGACAUCUACGCCCAGGGCUACCAGGCAGACGGCGUGUACCUCAUCUACCCCCUGGGCCCCAGCGUGCCCGUGCCAGUCUUCUGUGACAUGACCACUGAGGGUGGGAAGUGGACGGUUUUCCAGAAGAGAUUCAAUGGCUCAGUGAGUUUCUUCCGGGGCUGGAACGACUACAAGCUAGGCUUUGGCCGUGCUGACGGGGAGUACUGGCUGGGGCUGCAGAACCUGCACCUCCUGACACUGAAGCAGAAGUACGAACUGCGAGUGGACCUGGAGGACUUUGAGAACAACACGGCCUACGCCAAGUACCUAGACUUCUCUAUCUCGCCCAAUGCGAUCAGCGCUGAAGAGGAUGGCUAUACCCUCUACGUGGCAGGCUUUGAGGACGGCGGGGCAGGCGACUCCCUGUCUUACCACAGUGGCCAGAAGUUCUCCACCUUUGACCGAGACCAGGACCUCUUCGUGCAGAACUGUGCUGCCCUCUCCUCAGGAGCCUUCUGGUUCCGAAGCUGCCACUUCGCCAACCUCAAUGGCUUCUACCUGGGUGGCUCCCACCUCUCCUACGCCAACGGCAUCAACUGGGCCCAGUGGAAGGGCUUCUACUACUCCCUCAAGCGCACUGAGAUGAAAAUACGCCGGGCCUGAGCGGCUGGCCCCGCCAGGCCCCAGCGCCCGCUGGCUGCUCCGUCUCCACGACCGCCCCCCUCCCCGCCCCCUUGUCAGUUCUGCUGCUCUCUCAGCACCUGCUUCUCACAGGGGGCCUUAUGGCUCUAGCCCCAGCUGGUCUCUAAGCCGGGCCUCUGCUCCCCGCUGACCUGAGGCCGUGCUGCCAACCAGCUUCCCAGGCCUCUCAGAAGGCACCACCGGCCUGGCCCUGGCCGGGCUCCACAGGGCUCUCAGUUGCCUCCGGCCCGUAUCAAAGGCUGAGAGCCAGGAGCUGCCCUCCCAGGCUACAGGUUUCUGUGUCCCACCUUCGCCAGCGUCCUGACUGCGGGCUCACCUGCCUGGGGCCGCCCCAGCAUGCCGGGCUGAGCCGGUGCAGUCUGAUCGACACCCGCAAUGUGCCAGACCACCUGUGUUUGGCCGCCAUGACCGGCCCCCAGCAAGUCCCCGGCUGUUCUGAGUACCUCUCGUCCUCUGCCUGUCGCCCACCGACUUAGUCUCUAGUGGUGAGCACCACUGACCCCCAGCCCCAUCGCACUAUGAUACUCAGCUUCCCCGCCCUGUCCCAGGCUCCCAGAGCUCAAGGCCAACACAGCAUUUCACCCCAGCUACAACGCGCCUCCUGAAAACAGCCCCAGUCAAGGUAGGCAUAGACGUGAGGUCCUCCCACCCGCCCCGGGGUUGAGGUCUGACCAUGUGAGGGGGCAGUGGACAACUUCUGUGGGACCGGGAGCAGGUAGGGAGUGGAGUCUCAAUAAACCUCAGGACCUGAAUGAACUUGGCUUUGGCUGUUGUACAUGCAAAUGCAUUUGUUUGGUCCCCAAAGGUGGGAACCUGCUCCUCCAUUUCCCUACUGACAACACACUAUCCUCCAUUCCAAAAAGAUACCUGGAGUU